AUGGUAUCUGUAGCUGAGGUGCAAACCCUGGAGCAGAAAUUCAUUGAAGAACGCAACAAGCGCCUGAAGGGAGCUGACGAAGCUGCUGAACAGUAUGUUGCAAUCAAGAAUACAGAGCAUUCUGAAUAUGCCGCGGACCCUUUCGUGGACUACGAGCGAGCACGAGCAGCGGAGCCGUCUGUCCACGAGGGCAGCUGGCAAAAGGUAGUCAUUGUCGGCGCGGGACACCAUGGCCUUCUUUUUGCAGUCCGUUUGAUCGAGGCCGGUAUCAGUGCAGAUGACAUACUGCUGGUCGACAAUGCCGGUGGCUAUGGUGGCGCUUGGUACUGGAAUCGUUACCCCGGCCUCAUGUGUGACGUCGAAGGUUACAUUUAUCUACCUCUCCUCGAAGAGACAGGAUAUGUGCCCAAACACCGUUAUUCGUACGGCCAGGAGAUUCGCGCCAAUGCCGAACAAAUCGCGGCCAAAUACAAAUUACGGGCGCUUUUCACGUCGACGGUCACCUCGUUGGAUUGGGAUGACGACCGCGGGGAGUGGAAUAUACAGAUGUCUCGAGUUCUACACAAAGGCGAUAAGCCCGUUCAGCUUGGGAUUCGAUCCCAGUUCGCCUUCGUCGCGGCUGGGCCCUUUACAUCCCCCAAAAUGCCCGCGAUUCCGGGCAUCGACGACUUUCUUGGUCGAGGAGGCCAGAUUUUCCAUACCGCGCGAUGGAAUUACUCAGUGACCGGUGGGUCACAAGAGGAACCCGAGAUGCUGGGACUCAAAGGCAAAAAAGUCGGCAUUGUAGGAACGGGUGCCACAUCUGUGCAAGUCGUGCCGGAGGUGGCAAAAUAUGCUAAAGAGCUAUUCGUCUUUCAACGCACCCCUUCAUUUAUAGGCGUGAGAGCGCAGAAGCUCACCACUCCUGAGGAUUGGAGAAGGGUAGCGUCGGCUAAGGGAUGGCAGGCUGCUCGAGCUCAGAAUUUCCAUGCCCGUAUUACUAACGAGCCCGAAGAUGAGGACUUGAUCGUCGAUGGUUGGACGGAGGGUCUAGCCUUUGCCGCCUUCAUUGGUGGAAAGGGGAGGUUUCCUUUCGUGACGCCAGAAACGAUUGAAGAACACGUUUCCUAUUUCAUGGACCUCGAUGCAGAACGUACCGCAAAGAUCCGAGCCCGAGUUGACCAAGAGGUUGGUGACGUGGCUGUUGCCGAGAAGCUGAAGCCAUGGUAUCCUGGCUGGUGCAAACGUCCUGUAUUCAACGACGACUAUCUCCAGACGUUUAACCUUCCCCAUGUCCACUUGGUUGAUACAAACGGCAAGGGUGUGGAGACGUUUUCAAGACGUGGGAUUAUCGCCAAUGGAAUCGAUCACGAUCUCGAUGUGAUCAUCCUAGGCACCGGCUAUGAAAGCCACCCAGCAGCAACUCCUACCACUCGAUCAGGGGCUCCUAUUCAUGGCCGAGGGGGGCGAAGCUUCGACGACAAGUGGGAUUCUCCUACCGAGUUUGGAACCCUCCAUGGAUUCAUGUGCCAUGGUUUUCCCAAUUUAUUUUUUCAAGGUGCCGCCCAUCAAGGAAUGUCCUUCAACUUGACCGGUGUCUAUGACAUCCAGGCGAAGCAUCUUGCUUUCUUGGUGAAGCAGGCCCUGUCCUGCACGCCCAGCGGAGAGAGAGCUGUCAUUGAAGCCCCUCAAGAGGCGGAAGACGAAUGGAACAAAGAGAUCGCGAAAGGCUCCCUCUGGCUAUCAACCAUGCAGAUCUGCACCCCCGGCUACUUCACCGGGGACGGGAAAGUCAAACCCCCUGCGUCCCCCGAAGAAGCACAACUUGCAUCCAAAAGGUUGCCUUACUGCCGAGGCCCAGUGAGGUUUUCGAGAGAAUUGCAAAGAUGGAGAGACAGUGGCAAAUGGGCGGAGCUUUUCUCGACGCGGACCGAAACGUCGUCAAAUGGCAUUUGA